UUAAGUCACAGCAUAUACAGGAACACCAUAGCAGAGAUCGUAGGGAGCAGAAGAUGGAGCCUGACCCAUGGGAUGCCUGAAAGGGAGUGAUGUGCAGAGGCUGCAACAUCUGGGACAUCCUCUGUAGCUGAUUGUGGGAUACAGGAGGGAGAAGAAGCACUUGGAGACCUUUUAAACAUUUUUCUACUCAACCUCUUAUCUGUCAAGCCCACACAGUGGAAUUAUUAGUCCUUCUUGCCUUUUUUAGUUGUUAUUAAAAAUAAAAAUCUUGUGGAGGUUAGAAAAAGUAUAGGGGUUGUUUGGCUAAUUUGCUCACAUGUCCGAUGUUGGGGCCAAUGCUUUCCAGGUGCUAAGCAUUGAUGAACAAUGCUACGACACCUCCAUCCAUAGUCUCACUUCCUUCUUUUGGUUCUUUACCUAAAACAGACCUGGAGUUGGAAUAAAAUAAAAGACUGCCACCUGAUAGCCCCUUAAACAAAGGUGUCCUUUGCAGAGUAAGAGGCAUGGGAGCAAGACUGGAGGUAACAAAGUAAGGGAAAGACAGAAGCAGAGGAGACUCCACCAUAGGGCUACCAGAAUUGGCUACAAAAAUGUGGGCAACCAUUAAGUGGCAGCAAAGGAUCAAGAGUUUCUGUAACUCUUUGCUGUCAAAUAGUGGUCAUCUGGGGUUUUGUAGCCCAGAUCAGAUAUCCCUAAUAGGAGAGCACCAACUCACCAACCUUGCUGCUCAAAUUGGAGUCCAUCUGAGAAGAAGUUGGAGCUUGUCACGUGGCCAGAUCAGCAUUAACUCUGAAAUCUAAGACGUGAUAAGUCUGGCAGGCUAUGCCAUAGUGUCUCUUCUUUUUUUCCAAUCAUUGUGGUACACAGAUAAUAUCCACAUCUCUGCCCUGCCACACCUCUUACCUUGCUCAUGGCCUUUCCAUAUUAAAGUACGAAAAACCCAUACAGUUUUAAGAAAGAAAUUACUAUAAAAUUGUUAAUACUGUGCUCUAUGUGACCGAUGCUCUUAAUAUCCAACAGCUCUGCUCUAUAUUAAGUCACACUCAGAAAGCCAAUGUUUAAAUAUAAGGAAAAUAAGAAGCUACAGGGGAUGAGAUCUAUAAUCCAACUUACCUAGAAAGCAUCAAGUUGGAGAAGUUGCGUCCAAAUGCUGCAGAAGCCACUCUGCUUAGGUCAAAGGACAUCAACCAGGGGAAGGCCACAAUCAUCAAGAAUUGGCCUUACAGAUUGUAUUUCUCUGUCUCUGCUUCUCUCUCCCUCUUCCUCCUCCCUACCCUUGUGUCUUUCAGUAGUUUCGGGUCCCUGUGAUCAUGUUCUCAGAUGAGCGAAAGGACGGGAGCCCCCGCUUUGGGAAACUUCACUUCCCUGUGGGCCUUUGGAUCAACUCACCAAAGAAGCAUUUUGCAAAGUUGGGACGUAGGUGGCCAAGCGUGGGGUCCGUCAAGUCUACAUCCUCGGACACAGCCAGUCGUGGCAGUGAACCUGUGGAGAUGCGCCCAGCCAAGAAUAAGGCUGCACGACACAAGAGGCUUUCAACGCUGUUCCAGCGAAGUGGAGUGGGAGGGCCCACUGGUGGGGGUGGAGGCCGCUGGGCCAGUGAAAAGAAACUAGCUGAUCUCAUUGACCCUCUGCCUGAAGACCGAGUCAAACCCCCGUCUCAAGGAGAAGUGCCAGGAGUCUUGAAAAUCUAUGGAGGAGACAUCUCCAUGGGCGCCAACUACAAGAGUGUGCUGGCAACCGUGCGCUCCACUGCCCGCCAGCUGGUGCGGGAGGCCCUGGAGCGUUACGGGGUGACACAACCCAAUGCUGAGGAUGCCUACGUGCUGUGUGAUGUUGUUGGCAGUGUUCAUGGCAUGGAUAGCUCCUGGCAGGCCCAGUAUCUCCGGGCAGUUGGUGAUGCUGAACGGCCACUUGUGCUGCAGGACGUAUGGAAGCCCAAGACUGGUUGCACUCGCCGCUUUGAGAUCCGCCGCCGAUGUGAUGUAGAAAGGAUGGUAGAGGGGGAGGAUGAAGAUGGAGGCGGUAUCAACUCUCAGUCCCGCCGGCAACAAUCCCGCCGCUCUCGGGCUGCUUCUGGGGGCCACGUGGGCCCCAAAGAGAGAGCAGACAACCUCUCACUCCGACGCAGUAUCAGUGAGAUGAAUCUGAGCACUAAACGCCGCAGGGACCGCAAAGGGGUCCUCAGCAUGGCAGUCGGUGAACCGGCCGAAGGGGGUGCAACUGAUGAAUCACGGCUCAAGGCCGCCGAAGGGGCUGAGGGCACCUCGGCUCCUUCCGCCUCUGAAGAGGAGGCUGCGGAUGUGGCCAGCCUCGAGCAGCUUACGCAAUGCCUCAUCCAGCCCCCAACCGAACACCCCUAUUUUCUGCAGUUACUGGGUUAUAAUGAAAAGCAGGAGUUUGUGAUCCACGUAAUGACACGUCGCCGCCACAUCUUUGGACGCCCUGAACGUCGCCCAGCUCCAGACCAAACCAACUUUGUGGACACCUUCUUGAAUGCCCCUGACAUCUUGCCACGACACUGCUGUGUAGUAUCCUCAGUGCCCCCCACUGAUCCCAGCCAGCCCCGGAGUUCAGCCAUGGUGCGGCCUUUCCGGGGAGCCUCCAUAACCCACAAUGGUGCCCCGCUCCAUCGCCAAGUGGAGUUGGCUCCUGGAGACUUGCUGGGCAUGGGGCAGUAUUUCCUCUUCAUGUACAAAGAUCCACGAGCUGCCAUGGCGCCUCCGGCUUGGUUACCCAAAGCAUGGGUGUCUCCAGGGCUGGUGGGGGCCUUGGCUUGCCAGGCCUGUGGCCGGUCCCUGCAGGAGCGGCAAGAAGCGUUCCGGGCCUAUCUCAAGAGUCGAGAACCUCAGCUACGCUACCGCCCCCAGGAACAGGAGGCCCUUUUGGCUGAAAUCGUGAGGCUGCAGGAAACGUCCACUUGCAGGCUGGGACCCGCCUUCCUCUUUGGGCUCUGCCUGGAGCAUGCUGCUCGGGAGCUGGAGCCAGGACAUCUGCCCAGGUUGAUAGCCAGGAUUGCUCAGCUAGUCAAGGAAGCUGUUUGGGGUAAGAUUAAAGAAAUCAGAGAUCGGCAACCAGAAAACCAGCAAGACAAAGGAGAACCAGGAAAUCUCAGCAUUGAGGAAGUGGCAGCUGACCUGCGCCCCCUCAUGCUUUGGAUGGCUAACUCAAUGGAGCUACUCAACUUAGUGCAAAAAAGAGUUCUAGACAUUGAGAAAGAUCUGGACUUAGAAGGAGUUUCACACAAUGCAUUGCUCUCCAGUGACCUGGAGACAUGUGAUGAAGCAAUGGCUGUCUUAGAUGAAAUCAUCAUGUCCACAUUCCAGCAGUCUGUGUACUACCUCACUAAGACUCUAUACUCGGCCCUUCCUGCCUUGCUAGACAGUAACCCAUUCACAACCACCACUGACCUGUCGCACGUGCCUGAGCUAAGCAGCAUGCCGGAGGGAAUCCGAGGGACCCUUGCCAUCUACCAAGCAACACUUGAACUGACCCGUGACUGUGACUUGCACCCCGACCUUGUUUCACAGACUUUUGGAUACCUCUUCUUCUUCUCCAAUGCCUCACUCUUCAACACCAUCAUGGAAAGAGGUGGUUCCCAGCCUCUCUUCCAGUGGGCCAAGGCGGUGCAGAUCCGAACCAACCUGGACCUCGUCCUGGACUGGCUGCAGGGCAUAGGCCUUGGGGACAUCGCCACGGAAUUCUUCCGGAAGCUGGGCAACACAGCCAACUUGUUGUGUGUGCCCAGGAGCAGCUUGCUUCAGGUGAAGGAGCAGGCUCACAUCCCCCCCCCCAAAUGG